AUGCUGUUCUUGCUGAGCGUAUUCCUUCUGGUGGUCGUGGCUGUGCUGCUGCCUGUGGCCUUUGUGAUCAUCACGUGGGACCACGACAUCGUGCAGAGCUAUGCUGCUCUUCCGUCCCCCGCCGACCUCGGCACGAAGGAGUUUCGCUGGCGAUGCUGGCUGUCGCCUCUCACACGCCGCGGCUGGCGGACGUCGAUCCUUCGCAGCCCAUGCCCGCGCAUUACGUUGCAGUGCCCAUUUGCACUACUUUCCGUGGAUUUUGCCAAGCUUGCAACGUCACUUGGUUUACCUAAGCUGGCACUGGAGCAAGUUCCGUUCCUGUUUCCUCAGGUAGCCAUAGGGAGCCUCUUCAUACAACUGUUUGGUAACUCGCACUUCCCUGCAAGCGUGCGCGACAUUCGGCUAGAAGCAAUCAACAUUGUUCAGGUGCGCGAUCUUGACAUGCGGUUUUCCCCGCAGAAUGAAGAGGCGCCGACAACCCCCGAGAUGAAGUGUAUCAUGGUGCUGACGGAAAAGCGGUUCCUUGAGACGAAGAUAGAGUUCGUUGUGCAGACGGACUUAUUUGAUGAUCAAGGCACAGUUUGGCAGUCAAUUACAUGGUUCUCCGUCCCUUUUAAGCAAGACGUGCUGCUUGUGCCGUUGUCUGAGUCUUCAUCUGCACUGGACAGGGAACUUGUCAUGCGUGCCAAUUCGAACCUUCAGGUAGACACUUUCUCAUGCUCGAAGCGGAAUCUCACUGAAUACGAGGAGGUUAGCGUGGUUGGACUGACAGGGACGCAUGUCGGGAAAAAAGACGCUGUGCCGAUGAUGUGGAUGCUGGCUCGUGCGGCCAUUGUGCUGCAGGAGAAAGGCCGCGUGCCACAGUUGCCAUUGAUGUGUCGCUGUGUGUUUGAAGGGGACGCCGACUUCGUACCACUGCACCGAAAAAUACAGAUGCAGUCUUGGAUUAGCGAGGAAGAUGGUCAGGACGAACCGCAGGCGCAGGUCACUAAGCUCAAUUUGGAUGUGGAUGGCUUGAACAUUAUGCAAGGCGUAUUACGCACGGUUGGAUGGUUGUACAGCGCAGAAGACGAAGCGUCGCAGUAG